AUGGAGUUCGCUGCUAAAGGAAGGGCCAAGAGAAAGCACCUGAACUCACAGGACUGUGAGGAACUGGGACAAUGUUCAAAUUCUCUCACCCAGCCCCACUCGUCCAACCAGGGCCGGAGAUACAACCACCCCAACCGGGGGCUUUACCCCAGGACCCCCAGAAAGCAACGAAAGACGGCUUCUGCUGCAGGAAGUCCCUCCGGGAAGCAGAAGGCCAUCAACGACUUCUUCUCCGUGGUUAACAUCAUCAGUUCCAGUCCGAACAAAUCUCUGCCCUCUACAUCCACAUAUCAAGAAGGAUCAGCGUUUGUGGAAAACGAUGACGAGGAUGAUGAUGAUGUUAGCUUGUUGGCCACCCAGUGUGAGCCCAUGGCAGAUGAGGAAGAGGAGAUCGAUGAUGAGACUUUGUUAGCUGCAGAAAUGCUGCCAGAGUUUGAGGCAGAGAUGAGUCAGUUCAGAGGCGCCUGCCAGUCAGGUGCUGGUGCGGCACCUGGAUGUGAGCCAAAAGACGAAGACUAUCUGGAGGGACUGACGGCUGAGAUGUUUGAGGACGACGAGGACUUUGAUGGAGGCUGCAAUCAAGAGGAAGACGUUGAGCCUCUCCCUGAUGCUCACUUUGGACUCCUGGGGAGCAGCAGAGUCCUGCUCCAACCACAGAGCUGCAUGGACGAUCUCCCUGAGGAGGUGCUGAGGCAAAUCCUGUGUCUGCUUCCUGCAGUGGACCUUUACCGCAGCGCCAGCCUCGUGUGCCACUGCUGGAGGAACAUCGUUCACGACCCCAAGUUUGUGCCUUUUAAAAAGCAAUACUAUCGCUUCAUGAUGAAAGAAAGAGAGACGAUGAAGGAGGUCUUCUUCACACUGAAGAAAAGCAACAUCAGAGGUCCUUCGCCUUCAGCGUUCAGCUUACGAAAGCUCGUGGUGUUAAUGGCUCAGCAUAACGUCGGGGAGCGCGUGAGGCCAGAGGACGUCCUGGAGCGCGUCAAGAAGCAUCGCCUCUUCCCUCAGGCCGAAGCCUCUAUCAGAUUACGUAUUCCUGAUAUUCAGAAGUUUUUUCAUCUUGGCAUCGAGGGUCCUAACCCGUACGCAGCCAUGGCCAUGGUUCUGAUCCUCAGCGAGCAAGUUGGGGACGUGCAGGACUUGGUGUCUCUGCUCGCCGGCUGCCUGUCUCUAACAGCCAUCACAGAGUACCUCAGCCACAUGGCCAUGAUGCUGCUCGCUUUGGAGAGGAACAAGAUUUCCAUCAGCAACAGGUUGCACUACAACAUCUACUAUGUGCUUCACAUGCUGGAGAAUGGACCGUUUUCUGUCAGCUCCGGUCAGACCGGGAGCCCCCAGAUUCAGCUCACACGAGAACAGCAGCAAAUCCUGAGCCACGAUAUCCAGCGUGACCACGUGGUCAAGAUCAUAGCGUUUGCAGGCACAGGGAAAACAACCACGCUGAUAAAGUAUGCCGAGCAGCGGCCACACCUCCGCUUCCUCUACGUGGCUUUCAACAACUCCGUGGCGUGUGAGGCGCGACGCCGCUUCCCCUGCAACGUGGACUGCAAGACCGCCCACUCUUUAGCCUACAAUGACGUUGGCAAGAUAUAUAAAAAUCACCAAAAGAUGACCUUUAACGUGAGUCUGUUCUCCGUCAACUGUGCUCUGCCGUCCGGACGGGGCGGCUUCACCAAAGCUAAAGUUGUAUCCACAAUUCUCAACGCAUUCAUGGCAUCAGCGGACCCGACCAUUAACUCCAGCCACGUCCCCGAAGACUACGUCUAUCAUAAGGGCCUCAGGAAAAUCAUAGAUUCUGAAGAACAAGAGUGGUUUAUCUGCACUGCAAAUAUGAUCUGGAACAAAAUGAAGGAUGUAAAGGAGAAAUCCAAACAUGCCUACCUUAUGCCCCACGAUGGUUACCUGAAGUUGUGGCAGCUCAGAAACCCAAAGCCGUGCCUGUCAGACCAGUAUGAUGCAAUCUUCAUAGACGAGGCUCAGGACUGCACACCUGCCAUCAUGGACGUGCUGCUUUCCCAGCGCUGUGGGAAAAUCCUGGUUGGAGACCCCCACCAGCAGAUCUACACUUUCAAAGGAGCCGUGAACGCCUUAAACACCGUUAACCACACUCACAUCUUCUACCUCACACAGAGCUUUCGAUUUGGAGCAGAGAUCGCCUACGUGGGUGCCACCAUCCUCAGAGUUUGCAAGGGGGUUCAGAAGAUUCUUGUUGGGGGAAAGCAGAAGGAUGGUGUGUGUGAUGAGACGGCCAACAAGGCUCUGGAGGCGAUGAAGGCAGGAGUGAGUCACAGCAAAGGAAAGAUCGGCAUCCUGUCCAGAUGCAACACGGGUGUCUUCAAAACAGCGGUCCAGCUCACAGACGCUAACCCGCACUGCCGUAUCCACUUCAUCGGGGAUGUCCGAAACAUUGGCCUCGACAAGAUCAUGGACAUCUACAACCUGAAGACUUCAGCAGAACAAAAAGGCACAUUUAAAUCCAUCAAAGACCCCCUGAUUCGGUCUUUUUUGAAGAAAGAAGACGAUGCUUUCAUGGCCUUUAGGAAAUACGUGGAACAAACUGAAGACAAGGAGCUGGAGGGGAAAGUACACACUGUGAUGAAAUACCAAAACCGCAUCCCUGAACUGGUGACACGGCUGAACGGUUGCUCUGAAAGCAACUUCCACAAUGCAGACUUCAUAGUUGGGACCGUCCACAAGGCUAAAGGUCUGGAGUUUGACACCGUGAUCAUUAACGAUGACUUUGCCAGCGUGCCCGCAUCCGGACACAACCUCCGCUUUAUUCAGGAGUUCUCAUUUUCUAAAAUUGCAGAUGACGAAUGGAACCUGCUGUACGUGGCGGUGACUCGGGCCAGAACCUCCCUGGUUGCUUCGAAAACCAUCUACCGAAUCCUCUCGGUGGCUAAGGAAUACUUCCUCAAGUCUCAGAUGCCCGUUUCCUUGGAGGCGGGCGGUGAUCCUCUUCCAUGCUCCAUCCCAAACUGUCCCAACUGCGUCACACCGGGCUCGGCUUUCAUCAUGUCCAGACAAAGCAAGCAAUGUUCCGAUUGUGAGACUCACAGCGGUCCGCUGUGUGAGAGGUGUGUGUGGACGCGCAGCGGGCACGUGGCCUUCCUCAUGACGGACGACGUCUUCUCAAUGGCUGAAAUCCCACAGCAUCUCAGGCCGCCCAUCCACCACCCGUUUUUCAUGGCACUUUUUUUCUAACGGGGGAAAAAAAAGGUUCUGGAAUAAAAACUACUGUGGCGUUAACUUCAAAAAGCUGACAGGAUGCGAAGGACUUGUAUAAAUGCUGAGUCGCCUAAAACACAGAACCAGAGAACACACAGAGUUGUUUGUACUAGUUUUGUUAGA